AUGUUCGAGACCAAGAUAUUAAAAGUUGACGUCAAUGCUGUGAUGUUCAAGAAAGGUGAAGAUAUGCCUACAAUAACAGAUGAAGAAACUCUUGCCAACAUCAAGAUAGCAGCCAAAGAAUUAAAAGAUACCAAUAACCCUAUCGGAUUUCCUACUGAAACCGUUUAUGGACUUGGAGGUUCUGCAUUACAAGAUGAUUCUGUGAAAAAUAUUUACAAAGCCAAAAAUAGACCAGCCGAUAAUCCUUUGAUCGUGCAUGUAUCAUCCAUAGAACAAUUAAAGAGGAAACUCUUACCUCAAGAUUACGAAAUACCCCCAAUUUAUCAUCAGCUAAUUGAAAAUUUAUGGCCAGGCCCAUUAACUAUAUUGUUACCUGUCGGAGAGGAUUCUCCCAUUUCAACUUUAGUGACAGCCAAUCAAGAUACUUUUGCUGUAAGAUUACCCUCACAUCCAAUUGCUAGAGCCUUAAUAGCUUUAAGUGACACUCCUGUAGCAGCACCAUCAGCAAAUGCAUCAACAAGACCAAGUCCAACUUUGGCUAGUCAUGUUUACCAUGAUUUACAAGGGAAAAUACCAUAUAUCCUCGAUGGAGGAGCGUGCGAUGUAGGAUUGGAAUCGACUGUAGUUGAUGGAUUAUCCAAUCCUCCGUUGAUGUUGAGACCAGGUGGUUAUUCAUUAGAAGAUAUAAGAAAGAACGGGGGUGACCAAUGGUCAAACAUUGUGCAUGUUAAAAAAGUUGCAGGCAAAAAUGAAGCUGUUAGAACCCCAGGAAUGAAAUAUAGACAUUAUUCUCCUACAGCCAAGGUAGUUUUAUUCUUGAACUGUGGUGAUGGAAUAGAAGCCAUGGGAAAGUACAUAAAGAGCAAUAAUUUGGAGCCAACCACCAAAAUAGCGUUAUUGAAAUCCAAAUCAUUUGUUUCUGCUAAAGAACUUAAUAAUUUAAUAACCAUAGAGAGAGAUUUGGGUACUAAAGGAACAGAAAUCUCCCAUAACCUAUUUGCAGCUUUGAGAGAAGUUGAUGAAAUGGGCGUGGACGUUAUUUUUGUUGAAGGUGUAGAUGAAACUGAAGAAGGGUUAGCUAUCAUGAAUAGAUUAAGUAAAGCCGCAUUAAUCACUAUUGAUGGAAGUGUAUAA